UCUCUCUUUUCUUCAACUCUUUCCCCACGUACUCCCUCAACCUACGCUCUUGGAGUAACGAACUCCUAGAUCACUGCUAAAUUCGCCAUACUUCUCGCGAAACAGUACAGGCGCUUCUAUAGCCGUCUGAAUCAUAGAGCCACCGUCAUCGUCCAAACGAGGACCCGUCGCCCCCCCCCGGCCUCUCACAAGUAGAGGCCGCUCGACAAACAUCGCCUCUUGAUUGAUCGUUUUAACCCCACUUUCUCUGUGUAAACCGACCGCCUUUUUCUCUCUUUAUACCAGGCCGACAAACUCCCUAGGGCUGUGACAGCCAGUUUUAGUGGACAAUUGUGGGACGCCGAACGGUCUGCUCGCACGUUGAGAGACCGCUUUGCGUUCCAUAGGGUUCCCCAGCCUACUUCUCUGCGUGUUUGAUUGUAAUUCACGACUCGACGACGACGACUCAAUUCAACAUCCCACUGUUCUGCCCCCGAUGGGAUACCUCCAGGGAUGACUCUUGAUAGACACACUGAACAUGCACCGCUUCCCUCUCCUUCUUCGCCACCCUCUAAACCUUUCAACAUGCCUAACGGCGGCACCUGGCUCGCGAACGAGAAGACUCGAAACAAAUUCUUGAAAGAUUACAAGACCCAGGUUGCUUCCGGAACAUCGACCGUUUGCGCCACCCUGGCUGUGACGCCUUUAGAGAAUGUCAAGACCCGUAUGCAGACUCACAACUUCCACAAUGUGUUCACCUGCGCUCGCUACAUCUGGCGGACUGAAGGACCCCGUGGCUACGUUGCUGGGGCUCUUCCACCUCUGGCAAGUGUCACGGCCGUCCGAGUCUUGAACUUCUCGACCUAUAACUGGGCCAAAGUGCGCCUCUCUGAAUUGGUCCAAACGAUCACCGGCGUGUCUCCCUUAACCACAUAUAACCAACCCGGCAGCAGUCCGACCUUGUCGUCCAUGGCGACGUUCACCGUCGCCGGGUGCCUGGCGGGAUUGAGUACCGCCCCACUGGCGUGUCCUUUCGAACUGGCCAAGAACGUCGUGCAGACGUCCGUCCUGGUGUCCAACCGUGCCAUGGCGUCCCCGGACGCGGUCAACGAUCCUUCUCUCCGGAGCAAGCCGCGGGUGAACACGAUCGAGGCAAUCCGGCAGAUCGUCAAGCGAUAUGGAUUCCGCGGUCUGUACACGGGCUUCAAACUCCACGCGCUGCGGGAUACUCUCGGAUCGGGAUUGUACUUCUCGGUGUACGAGACUGUGAAGCAGAUUGCCUCCAAGGAGCUUGGGACCGACGGGUCCCCAUUCGGAGGACCCAUGAUAGCCGGAGCGAUCUGCAGCACGGUGCCAUGGUUCUGCACCUACCCCCUGGACACUCGCAAGACGCGCGCCCAGAGUGUCUUACUCGGAAAGACCAAAGAAGUGGGCGAGGCGUCGGCGGCGGUGGCCAAGUCCAGCAUGUACAAAGGACUGUCGAUCAUAUUGAUCCGGACUGGCGUAAACAACAUGAUCUUGCUGAGCAUGUUCGAAUACAUUAAGAUGAGGAUCGACCAGCUGGAUUGACUUGCCUAAGCGAUAACAGGGUUACUUUUUGUCGUUAUUAUCAUUUCUCAGUACAUAACAUAGCUACUAGUGCAAAUAAGAAUGCUGUACUUGAUGUACAU